AUGGAAGCCGUCCCAGUGUCCGGACUGACUGUGCUUGCGUCCGGACUCCGCUGCCUUCUUCGGAUCCAGCGUCUGCGGGCCGCGCACUGCAACGAUGUGGUGAUAGACGGUCGUCGGCGGUCGCCGGGGGAGGGCAGGCCUUCUUCCCCCAUGGCGCCUUCUCCGACGUGGAGGAGCGCGAGCGCGGACCUGUCCACGGCGCCGAGCCAUGUACUCUCCCUGGGAUCCAGGUGCUUCGUGGCCAAGACCUUGGAGACGAUGAAUCUCCGGCGCUACGCGGGGCCCUUCGACUGGAUCUACACCACGGCGCAACUGGUGAGGCACUGCAUCGAGGAUGACUUCGAGUGCUUCUUAGACUUGGAGCAGCUCUACCGGCACGGCCAGGCAUGGGGCCAUCGGCGCUACUGCCAGAUGCUCAAGCGCCAGAUCCUCUUUCCGCACCAUCGCCCCGCUGACCGGGAUCGAGAGCACUUCCAGCGAACGGUGCAACGCUGGCGGCAGGUGGUGGCGUCAGAAGAGAAGAAACUCUUCGUGUUCAUGCCGUUGGUUCAAUCCAAGAAGGAGCUGCAGAGCGUGAGGGACCGGGAGUCGAUGCAUGGGAGCAACCUCCAGCAAGUCGAGGAGCUCUUGAGAAGCUUGCGACAACGUGUGGGGAACUUCGAGCUUCUGGUGGUCUAUGUGGUGGAAGGCUCCUCCCGCUGGCGCCAAGGGGCCACGGAGGACACCGAGUUGGACACCACGCGGGAGAUCCUUCAACAGCCUGAGUUGCGCGUCUACGAACUUCAUUGCACUGGGGGAUGCACUGGGUUGAAGUUCAAGGCGCCCGCAGAUGACCUGGCACUUCAAUCUCUACUAGCGGCCCGCUGUUCAGCUAGCGGCGUGCUGGCACCUGACCCACUAGCAGGCUCAGAGCGUCGCUUUCAUGGGUCCUUGCGGAAGAGCCUGGGGCGCAGGAGUUUGGGGAAAAGAAUCUUGCUGCCUACAAGGGAGAAGAGAAGGAAAACCUCUGCAGUUCAAGACGUGGAGACCGACGUCUCCAGCCCUCCACCGGAAGCGGAUCCCCGCUUGAAGAAGAACUUUGGGCGGGAGAGCUCUGAACCCAGGAGGCGGGCAAAGAAUGUGGAACAACUGCCAAGCAAGGGAAAGAGGAAAGCUCAAGCUGAUGAUGCCGAUCCGAAAUCGGAGGACGAUGUGAUCCUCGUCUCCGUAGGAGGAGCGACUCCAGCCGCUCCUCGUGUGUGCCAGGGCUCCCCGGGGAAGCCAAUGGGAGUACUGGACAUUCGCGUGGCACUGCGAGCAGUGCAAAAAGGGAGCGCGUGGCGUGUGUUUGUGCGCAGAGGAAACGCAGAGAUCGUGGUAUAUAACAACGAGCACGGCAUCCAGAUCCACUUCCCGUUGGCCCUGUUCAAGAUGCUCAAAGGGGAGUCCUUGUCCUUGGCCGACCUCCAAGACGUUCAGCCCAAGGUCUGGAUGUCUAUUCAGCAGAUGUUGUCUUGGGAGCCAUCAGACCCUGCACAUGCAAACCAGGAGUUUGAGGACACCUUCUGCUUGACCUUCAGUGCUUCUUACGACUACUUUGGAGAAAUGAAGCACGUGGACCUGAAGCCCGGCGGCGGCGAUCUGCCCGUGACGUAUGACACCCGCAAGGAAUACGUGGAGCUUUAUUGUCGCUGGCGGUUGGAGACUUCGACUGAAAGGCAAUUCAAGCUGUUGGCACAAGGCUUUGAGAAGGUCGUGGACUCUGCCCUGUGGUCCUUUCUCUCCGCUGAAGAGGCGCAUCUCAUCAUUUGCUCUGAGCCCACCUUGGAGGCUUCGGAGCUUCGGCACUUGGCACACUACGAAGGCUAUUCCAAAGAUGAUCCAUACAUCCAGUCCUUCUGGAAGAUCUUGGAGUCCUUCGAGACGGAUCAGCUCAAGAAGUUUCUGGCCUUCACCACGGGCACGGACCGCGCGCCCUUGGGCGGCUUGAAGGAUGUGCGCUUGGUCGCUCCUGAACCGCAGCCAGGGAAGAUGACGGGGGGGACGAAAAGGCCCAGCAGGGACAAGUGGGACUGGAAGGGAUGA